UUGGACACAAAUGUAUUUUGCUGCAUAUCAGAGCAACUCUAACACAAUUUCUUACGUUAAAAAGUUAAAGUAAUGGAAAUAUUAUUAACACAAUACAUGACUGUACUAUAGUUAAAAUGCAGAUUACUUUAGAAUUGUUGUAUCUAACAUAUAUUUUUGUCAGUAAUGUGAAUGGUGAUUAUAAUAACAGUGUCAGAAUAUAUAAUGGUACUAUUAUCGUAAAACUCACCGUUUCAGAAGAUUUUAAAUGCCUAGUUCCUGAGCUAACCAUUGAUGACCAAGAUAUGGAUAUGGAGCAAUUUCUUGAGAAUUUCGCGAAAGUAAAAGAGAUUAAAUUUCCCAUUUCAUACGGACCAGUUACUGAGAAAUACAUUUGCAAGCUGAAGUGCGUUGAUGGCUACUGGGUUGGCCCCUUAUGUUCCAGUUCGACUGAUGGAAGAUUCAAAACUCUGCUUAAAGAAUGUGUUUACAAACACGAGUAUCCUCUAUUAACAGUCUACUUUAGAAAUUCUUCAAUUCAGAAUGAUACUAACUUUCCUCACAAUACGACCAUAUCAGCAAGAUGCAAGUAUUUUGGCAUGUACAAACUGAAAGGAGACAGUGAGAUUCGAUGUGAAAAUGGCGCAUGGCUAUCGAAAUUUCCUGAAUGUGUGCCGACGACUGUUAUCACAAAUUUUACUGGAGAUGCUCCCCCAACCAUCCGCUACGAAGUCUUAGAUGGGUCAGCCAUCGUCGAACCGAACGGUGAAUUGCUUGUUUUCCCAGAUAGCCAUAUUAGAAUCGACUGCAUGGCCCUCAGGUCUAAGGGUGACCUUGAGUGGACGUGGACGCAAAGUAUGGCAAAUUAUAAAACUGGUUGGCUGGAUGACUAUAGUAACACAUUUCGUAUCAAUCUACCAAAACUUGGUGUUCGUUUUGCUGAAACCUUCACCUGUUCAACACCAGAUGGAACGACCAAUAAGAUCGUAGUUAGAGUUGUUAAUGUAAAUUGUGAAAUAAUUAGCAUGCCUGCUCCAUAUGUUCGACAAUAUACAACGGGCAAUCGUCUCGGAGAGAGCACACACUUUAGCUGUGAACCAGGGUACCAUAUGAGUGGAGCCUCAAUACUCUAUUGCAUGGGUGAUGGUCAUUGGUCGAGCCCUCCACCAAUCUGCGAAGAGACAUUUUGCCCAUUUUUUACCUCCCUUAAUCCUCAGCUGAGUAUUAUAGAACAUAAUUCAUCAUUUGGUGGUAGAGCAGUUUUCACCUGUGCUUGGGGCUAUCGGCUUGUUGGUGCACCAGGGUUAGAGUGUGAACAAGAUGGUCAAUGGUCAGGAGAAAUGCCACAGUGCAUACCAAUCUAUUGCCCUGAUCCCAUAUUACCUGAGCAUGGACAACUGGUGACAAAAACAAUAUCGAAAGAUGGCAAGUUUCCUGUGGGCGAUCUUUUAAUAUACGCGUGCAAUGAAGGCUAUGAAGUGAUGGGUGAAUUGUCAAUUGUAUGCACGGAGAACGGUUUCUGGUCUCAUCCUCCGCCAUUUUGUUUGCCACCUACAGAAAUCAAGCGGCUGAAUACUAUAUACCUAGAGAAUACCACUUUAGUAAACUUAGAUUCUGUUUACUAAUUUUUAUUGAUUUUUGAAAAAGCUGAAAUAUAUUAAGAUGA